UCAACAAUAGUAUGCUUAUUAAUUGAAACAAAUAACAAGAAGCCUGUCUCUGUGAAAACCAGAAGCCAUGGCCAAGAUUACUAAUGUAGUCAACACAGUGAGAGUCCUAACUUACAUUGUCCUGAGCUUGAGCUUUGUGUUGAUAGAAUCAGCACCUGAAGGUGCACUGGUCACACAGGUUCCUGGUUUCAAUGACACUUUUCCUUCCAAACACUAUUCUGGGUAUGUGACCAUAGAUGAAGCUCAUGGGAAGAAACUGUUUUAUUACUUUGUCCUCUCCGAAGCCAAUCCCUCCAAUGAUCCAGUCGUCCUCUGGCUCAAUGGUGGCCCUGGCUGCUCUAGCUUCGAUGGAUUCGUCUAUGAGCACGGACCAUUCAAUUUUGAAAUGGGAAAGACAAAGGGAAGCCUGCCCAAACUGCAUCUCAAUCCGUACAGCUGGUCCAAGGUUUCCAACAUUAUAUAUUUGGAUUCCCCGUCUGGCGUUGGAUUUUCUUACUCAGCAAAUGAAUCCGAUUACGUUACUGGAGACCUGAAAACUGCUUCUGAUUCACAUGAAUUUCUCCUCAAGUGGUUUGCGUUGUACCCGGAGUUCCUCUCCAACCCAUUUUUUAUUUCUGGAGAGUCAUAUGCAGGAGUAUAUGUGCCAACUCUGGCUUAUGAAGUAGCAAAAGGAAUUGAUGCUGGUGUAAAGCCCAUCCUCAACUUCAAGGGUUAUACGGUGGGAAAUGGAGUUACUGACGAUGAGUUUGAUGGCAAUGCUCUUGUUCCAUUUGCACACGGGAUGGGCCUCAUUUCAGAUGAACUAUUUGAGGAAGUUACUGCUGAAUGUAAAGGAAACUACUAUAAUCCUGCAAGCGCCGACUGUGAAAACAAGCUUGUGAAAGUUGACCAAAACAUCCAAGACCUUAACAUAUACAACAUUCUAGAUGAAUGCUAUCAUGGCAUGGAAGCUACGAAGACCACAACUGGUAAUACGAAGUUGCCAUUGAGCUUCAGGAAAUUAGGCGAGACUGAAAGACCCCUUCUUGUGAGGAAUAGAAUGUUUGGCCGUGCGUGGCCUCUUAGAGCUCCAGCAAGAGAUGGAAUUGUUCCAACUUGGCCACACCUUCUCAACAGUAAUAAUGUCCCAUGUAUCGAUGAUGAAGUUGCAACUUCAUGGCUCAACAAUGAAUCAGUUCGGAAAGCAAUUCAUGCUGAACAAGCAAGUGUGGCUGGCGGUUGGGAGUUAUGUACAGACAGAAUUCUAUUUAAUCAUGAUGCUGGAAGCAUGAUCAAGUAUCACAAGAACCUCACUGCCAAGGGAUAUCGGGCACUCAUUUAUAGUGGAGACCAUGACAUGUGUGUUCCAUACACCGGGAGUGAAGCAUGGACAAGAUCGGUUGGAUAUAAGAUUGUCGAUGAAUGGAGGCCUUGGGGAUCCAAUGGACAAGUUGCUGGAUACGUACAAGGAUAUGAGAAUAAUCUUGCCUUUCUCACCGUAAAGGGAUCUGGACAUACCGUCCCAGAGUACAAACCACGCGAAGCAUUGGAUUUUUAUAGCCGUUGGUUGGCGGGAAAAUCAAUAUAAAAGAAUCUUAAUGGAUUUUCUUUGAGAGAAGAGGGGUGGUAAUAUUAUUUGAUGUAUUUUAUUUUUCCAGGCUAUGGACUACAAAAUAGGGCAUAAUUGCUAAAUUAUAUUUAGUCAGAAUAGUCAAAAUUUAAUGAUUGAAUGAGGGAAUAAAUUAUAUUUAUUUUUCCAACCUAGUAUAGCAAUUUCCAUGUAUUA